UGUUUUUUCAACGACGAGACGACGACGAUAAAAACGAGUAGAGGUUUCUGAAAAAGUGAAAAAGUGAAAAGACGUCAACAUGAGCUUACUCAUUUUAAAUAAGACUAAACGAGAGUUCCUCAAGAUAUACCAUUACAGGAAUUUCUACAUUCUGAGUAAGACGAAACGAAGUGAAACAUGUGAUUUAUUAAUUCGGAUUAAAAAAGACGAGAGCAAAUGUCAGAAUGGAGGUAUAUUCUUCCAACAAAUUCGGAGACUUCAAUACAAGAAUUUCGGUCACCGCCCAACACCUCCUCACAUAAUAAGUACCGUUUGGUACAUGAUUGUAGGUGGUGGAAUGUUUCUUUCAAUCUUCUGGGAUCUUCCAAUAAUGCUCUUUAAAUCUGUCAAAAAGUAUGUUAAGGGUCCUAGUGUUGAGGCUGCUUCUUUAAAUGAAACAAAUCAAGAUGCUGGGCAUAGUGAAAUAGAAGAACAAAAUGGGAAUGACCUAAAACUGUCGAACAAGAAAUCAAAAAUUGGUUUCAGAGAAAGAAAAAUCAUUGAGUAUGAAAACCGCAUUCGUCAUUAUUCUACUCCGGACAAAGUAUUCCGCUAUUUUGCUAGUUUGCAAGUUGUGCAAUCACACGGAGAAGCAGAAAUUUAUAUGACUCCUGAUGAUUUUUUGAGAUCGAUUACUCCUGGAAUGAAACAACCCGACGGGCUUGGACUAGACCAAUUCAGACGUUACGAUCCUAAAACAAUGACACAGUUGUUAUCGUUUAAUGAUUUUCAGGUAAUGACGGAACAACUAAUUGAUGAGCUUGGUCUUCGCGAGGAUAGUGUCUUUUUAAAACUAGGAAGUUCCGGACUUAUUUCGUUCUCUGAUUAUAUAUUUCUUCUUACUCUUUUAUCAACCUCAAGUCGCCAUUUCGAAGUUGCUUUCCGUAUGUUCGAUUUCAAUGGUGACGGUGAUGUUGAUGCAGAAGAAUUUGACCAAGUGGCGACUCUCCUUCGUCAAAAUACAACACAUGGAUCGAGACACCGUGACACUACAGGGAACAGCUACAAGGGCGUUAAUUCUGCUCUCAGCGCUUAUUUUUUUGGACCGAAUCGGGAUCAAAAGCUGACUAUUGACAAAUUUCUUGAAUUCCAAAAGCAGUUAAAAGAAGAAAUUUUAACUCUUGAAUUUAGUCGAAAAGGCUUACGUGAAGAUGCCAAGCUUUCUGAAGUCGAUUUCGCUGAAAUGCUUUUGGCUUAUGCUGGAUAUCCAGACAAGAGGAAGAUCCGUAUGAUCAAAAGGGUCCGAAAAGGGUAUCAAGGCGAGAAGAGCAUUGGAAUAAGUUUAAAAGACUAUUUGGAUUUUUUCCACUUUUUGAAUAGUAUUAAUGACGUUGACACAGCAUUAACUUUCUACCAUAUCGCCGGAGCUUCAAUCGAGCCAACAACCUUAAAGCAUGUUGCACGCACAGUGGCUCACGUGGAACUCGUUGAUCAUGUCGUAGAAGUGGUUUUUACCAUAUUCGACGAAAACCAGGAUGGACAGCUGAGUAACCGAGAAUUCAUUGCAGUUAUGAAAAACAGAAUGAUGCGUGGUCUUGAAAAACCCAAAGAUACGGGAUUCAUCAAACUCAUUGAAUCUUCUUUGAAAUGCGCUAAGCAAACCAGACCGGCCCUAUUGGAUUUUUGAUAUUCCUGUUUUUAAACUUUUUUAAAUCUCUCUAUUUAUUGCCGAUAGUCGUUAAAUUUUUCAGCAUUUUCCCUUCGUCUCUUUUUGCUCUUGUAAAGUGAAGUAAUUACAAGAAAUUUACAAACUUUCGUAAUUGCAAUAAGAUUUAACAUUAUUUAGUAAAGUUGUUUGAGAAACUUUGAAAUUUUCAAUGCUGCGCCUGUCCAGUUUUCAAUCAUUUCAAACCUUUUACCAUUUUCCCUACAUUCAACGUUGUUACUUAUAUAGUGGUUACUUUCUUAAUUCUUACUGACUGUUAAAUAAAAUCGUGAAGGAAA